AAAGAGAGAGAAAAUGCGAAUCCGUCUCUUCAUACCCAAGACGCCGAACGGUGAGCUGCAACACCACCAACCACCACCGUCGCUGGAAACCUCGAGAUUUGAACUCGAACUCUUGCCGUUUUUUUCUAGCUCAUUUGAAGUAAGUCCAUCUUUCUCUCUCCAUAUCUGUAUCCUAUCUCUAUGCAUCUGUGGAUAUGAAACUAGGGGUGGGAUUUUCUUUGAAUUGAACUGCUAUAUACGUAUCUACACGUAUAUACAUGGGGCAUAAGAAGCGGAACGUUGCCACUCGCUCCAAAGCGGCGACAGCUGCUGUUAAUACUCCUCCAGCCCCGCCGUCGUUUCCAAUCGGUAACGACAGCAGCGAUGGUGUUGAGGCUAGUUCACUCUCUACGGGACAUAAUUUAGGUGUGCAUUCGUCGACUGUUCAAAUAGUACAACGAAAAACUGAUGUUCCUUUAGCGAUUGAAUCGGAUAGUUACUCUACUGUGAAAGUCGAGUGUGAGAAAGCCUUAACUGCACUCAGACGGGGGAACCAUAAAAAAGCCCUACGCUUGAUGAAGGAGAUGUGUGGAAAACAUGAGAAUUCGAAUCAGUUGGCGCUGAUUCAUAGGGUGCAAGGAACCAUCUGUGUUAAGGUUGCUUCCAUUAUUGAUGAUCCCAAUGCAAAGCAGCGGCAUUUGAAGAAUGCAAUUGAUUCGGCUAAAAAGGCAGUGAUGUUGUCACCAAGUUCAAUUGAGUUUGCACAUUUUUAUGCAAAUUUGUUGUAUGAAUCAGCUAAUGAAGGGAAAGAUUAUGAAGAGGUGGUGCAAGAGUGUGAGCGUGCUUUGGCUGUUGAGAAUCCUGUAGAUCCAGGAAAGGAGAGUUUACAGGAUGAGAGCCAGCAGAAGAUUUUGUCUGCUGAUGCAAGGAUUGGGCAUGUACAGAAUGAACUCCGGUCAUUGGUUCAGAAGUCCAACAUUGCUUCAAUUUCGUCUUGGAUGAAGAAUCUAGGAAAUGGGGAGGAAAAGUUUAGGCUCAUUCCUCUUAGGAGGGUUCCGGAUGACCCCAUGGAUGUAAGGUUAGUGCAAGCCAGAAGGCCAAAUGAAAUUAAGAAAGCAAAUAAGACAGACGAAGAACGUAAGAAAGAGAUUGAAGUAAAAGUUGCUGCAGCAAGGCUGUUGCAACAGAAGUUAGAGUCAUCUCAAUCCCAAACUGAUGGAGAUAAGAGUUCAGAACUUUCUUCUGGAUCUAGCCAGCGUGUGGGUGAACGGAGGAAGAGUGCAAAGGUGAAAAAGAAUGCAACAUCUGCUGAGAGAAAGGAUUGUGUUCAUCCUUUUUGGAAGUCCAUGAACUUGGAUUCAAAGAAAGACUUGUUCAAGAUUAGUGUAUCAGAUCUUAAGGCUCAUUUUAGAUCACUAAAAGAUGGAUCGGCUUAUGAAGUCAUUUCCGAAGCUUUGUCCUUCGGGGAAGCUAAUAAUAGUUGGAAAUUUUGGAUGUGCUGCAGAUGCAACGAGAAAUUUCCAGAUCCUGAACUGCACAUGCAGCAUGUUAUAAGUGAACACAUGGGUAGCUUAUUGCCCAAUUUGCAGGAAAUGUUGCCUCCAAGUGUAGACAAUGAGUGGACUGAAAUGCUUCUAACAUUCCCUUGGAAAGCACUUGAUAUCAAUGCUGCGAUCAAUAUGGUCGAAAUGCAAUCAGGUUCAUUAGCUGCUAGCUUUGAUGAUAGACCAUAUUUACAUCCUGACAGCUGGCCACUUGCUGAAGAUAUUGAGCGGACAAAGCUACUUGAAAAAAUUCAUUCCUCAUUCCAGUUGCUUAUUAAACAUAAAUACCUUGCAGCUAGUCAUCUUACUAAGGUUAUACACUUUGCAGUGGAUGAGCUACAUUCUCGGCUUAUUAAUUGUGGUGUGGAUCAAUCACCCAUUUGCAUAUGCUUUCUGGGAGCAACUGAACUUAGGAAAGUGCUCAAAUUCUUGCAAGAGAUAUCUCAUUCUUGUGGACUAAGUAGGUAUUCAGAGAAAGGUAAUCUUGUGGAAGACUUGAAUAGGUCCACCCGUGUGAUUGAAAUGACUGAAAAGAUAGUAUUCAGUGAAGAUAGAUCAUGUCUCUUGUUAGAGCCGUGUCUUCUUACUAGCCUUGGCUCUGAAAAUGGGUUGGUAUAUGAUGAUGAUUCUUUAUUGUCAUGGAUAUUUUCGGGUCCCACAAGUGGGGAACAGUUGACAUUCUGGAUGCGGUCUAGAGAGGAGAGAGUGCAUCAAGGAACGGAGACUCUACAGAUGCUUGAAAAGGAAUUUAAUCAUCUCCAUGCGUUAUGUGAAAGAAAGUUAGAGCAUGCAAGCUAUGAAGAAGCUUUGCAGCAAGUGGAAGAUCUCUGUCUAGAGGAAGGUAAGAAAAGGGAAUACUCUACAGAAUCUACACGACAAAGUUAUGAAUUUGUUUUGAGGAAGCGACAUGAAGAGCUUAUGGUGAGCUGCGAUGAUGCCAUGCCACCUGUCAACAAAUUUGAGGUGGAUGCCUUGGCAAAUGUUUUAAAAGAAGCUGAAUCUUUGAAUGUUAACCAGUUUGGGUUUGUGAAUUCUCAUCUAUGUGACUUGGAAUCUGGUGAAGAUGACUAUCUGCAUCAAGUGGAUUCUUGUAUAGAAGUUGCAAUCCAGAAGCAGAAAGAACAGUUGUCGAUUGAGAUACAGCUCAGCAAAAUUGAUGCAAGAAUCAUGCGAACUGUAACUGGAAUGCAGCAGUUGGAAUCUAAGCUCAGUCCUGCAUCUGUCCAUGAUUUUGGUCUCAUAGUCGUGCCUCUAGUAAAGUCUUUCUUGCGGGCACUCCUAGAAGAUUUAGCAGAGAAAGAUGCCACAGAGAAGGAUUCCAGAAAAAUAAAGGAUGCUAAGGCUAUAAACAAUAGUGAGCUACAUAUUUUAGCCCAUGAGAAUGCAGAAACUGUUGAUGAAAAUGAAGAUGCUUUUAACCAACUGAAAGAUGAAGCAAUGCGUAGAAAAAUUGAGCUUGAAGCUGAGGAAAGAAAGCUUGAAGAAACUUUGGAAUACCAAAGACGGAUUGAGAAUGAGGCAAAACAAAAGCAUCUUGCAGAGCAACUCAAAAAUAAUCAUGCAGACAAUGAGUUAAGAUCUUCAAGGCAGGAACCUCUGAAACAGAAUAAUGAAGGGAUUGCAGAAGAUGCGGUUUUGCUUUUUGAUCAGAAAACAGGAAGAAAAAGUAGGCGCCACAAAAAUGCCACCAAAUUAAUUGAUGGGAAGCAGCAACCUGUGUUGUUGGAGAAGGAAAAUGUUGAAGUUGGACAAAUUCUGCUCAUAAAGGGUGUUGAAGAUGAUAACAAUAGUUCUUAUUCAGGAGAAACUGGAACAAAGACAUUGAGGCAGUUGCAAGCAGAAGAGGAUGAUGAAGAAAGAUUCCAAGCUGAUCUUUUAAAAGCUGUACGCCAAAGCCUUGAAGGGGAAGUCUCUCGUGUAACAUCUAUAGAAGUAUUCUCUGACAAGGCAAAUGCAAAUGCAAGCGAUGUAUAUGGUACAGGCCUGAAGAAUGAAGCUGGUGAAUACAACUGCUUUUUAAAUGUCAUUAUUCAGUCGUUAUGGCAUUUGAGAAGGUUCAGGGAAGAGUUUUUGAGAAGGUCCACAUCAGCUCAUCGCCAUGUUGGCGAUCCAUGUGUGACAUGUGCUUUGUACGGAAUUUUUAUUGCUUUAAAUACGGCUUCAAUGGAGACAAGAGGUGAAUCUGUUGCUCCUACUUCUCUGAGGAUUGCUCUGAGCAAUUUGUAUCCAGACAGUAGUUUCUUUCAGGAGGCUCAAAUGAACGAUGCUUCUGAAGUAUUGGGAGUGAUAUUUCAUUGCCUUCACGAGUCAUUUAUAUCUGCUGAUUCUGAUAUGAAACAAGUGGAAAGCAAUGGCAAUGUGGCAGGUGGUUGGGAAUGUGCAAACAGUGGGUGUACAGCACAUUCUCUUUUUGGAAUGGACAUUUUUGAACAGAUGAAUUGCUACAAUUGUGGGUUUGAAUCUAGACGAAUGAAAUACACUACUUUCUUUCACCAAAUCAAUGCCAAUGCCCUCAGGACUAUGAAGGUUAUGUGUCCAGAGAGCUCCUUUGAUGAGCUGUUAAACCUUGUUGAGAUGAAUCAUCAGUUAGCUUGUGAUCCUGAGGAUGCUGGAUGUGGGAAGCUUAACUAUAUUCAUCAUAUUCUUUCUACUCCACCUCAUGUUUUCACUACAGUGCUUGGAUGGCAGAAUACUUGUGAAAGUGUUGAAGAUAUAAAGGCCACAUUGGCAACCCUAGCUACUGAAAUUGAUAUCAGUGUUCUUUACCGUGGCCUUGAUCCCAUGAACAGGCAUUGUCUAGUUUCAGUGGUGUGUUAUUACGGGCAGCACUACCAUUGCUUUGCCUACAGUCAUGAUCAUCAACAGUGGAUGAUGUAUGAUGACAACACAGUCAAGGUGAUUGGAAGGUGGGAAGAUGUCCUUACAAUGUGUGAAAAAGGACAUCUGCAACCCCAGGUUCUUUUCUAUGAAGCUGUACACUAAAUAGCAAACCAUUCAGACAUUAUUACAUUUUUUGAUGGUGAUAGACGGAUAUGUGGAGUUACACAAACACAAUCAAUGUAUGUGCAUUUUAGCAAACCAACGGAUACAUACACAAAAAACAUGACAAGAAAGAGAGAUGCUGUUAGUUAUAUGUAUUAGUAUAAAGAAAUUUUGUAGGAGAAACUGAAAUUGGCCUUCCCAGCAAAGUUUUGAUCUGGAAUUUGGAAAACAAGAAAAUGUAAAUUGUACUAAGAUGGGUCAAUGUAAGUGGCUAAGCAAUAGUUAUGAAUGUGCCAUAGACUCUCUGCUUUUUACAAUUUUGAAAGAGCUACUGUAUAGAUCGAUCAUACUUUUGAUAAGAUGAUGAAAACUCGGGUUUUGGGUUACCCAACAUGUAUUCACAUUUCAACUCUUGUACUAUUGGACUUGUGAUUAAAAUCAAAUAAUUAAGUGAAGAAAGCCCGUGUGCUCUUCUUUCCCA